AAAUUGAGCGAAACAGCGUGUGUUGGAGAAAAACACAGAAUUUUCACUAAGAAUCAAUAAGUAUCAUGGGUGGGUGAGGUAGAUAACGUAAUAACAUCCAUCAAAGAAUGUCAUCAGGUGGGCCUUGACUCUCAGUAUGGCAUUUGAAUACAAGUUAGUAUUUGAGAAGGUGCAUCUAAACUACAGAUGUCAUUCCAGAAGAGAAAAGUGAGUGGAACACAUCAGCAUAUACGCGUUCAACUGAAUUAAGUCAUUCAGACUCGCAUCGAAGGACAGUGAAUACCUGAGUAUCAUCAUCUACACGAGAAUUUAAAAGUUUUACUUCCAAUGGACUUCAAUAUGGCUGUCAUGUGUAUCUUCUAUCUUAUCUUGAUGUUCCUAUUCGGAGAAGUAAGUGGCUGCAAAGUCAUGAAGUUUCAUAAACUUCUGAACAAAGCUCUGGYCAAUCAUAUCAUCAAAACACAGAAAACCAGAGAUGACUCAGAUUGCGACGUAAAGUGUUAUUUGGAUGAUCGAUGUAUCUCCUACAGCUUUGGUACAAGUGCGAGUGGAGAGAAAGACAUGUGUGAGCUGAGUGACUCGGAUCACUUUAUGCAUCCUGGAGAUCUAGUGGACAGACCUGGUGUUAUCUACAGAUUUGCUCAGAAUAAUUGCAAGUGCCCUGUUGGAGGGAACUUUAAAUGCCGAUUCAACUUUGCUGAUGGGACACACCGAUGUGAAUGCAAACCUGGUUUUACUGGAUCAGAUUGCACAAACGAAUGGCUUAAAGUCGGUACUGCAGUGCGCAUUGGUUCAAAGAAUGAUCACUUUGGAAGGUUUACUAUUCCAGUUGCCUGCCAUGUCUUGAACUUCAAACUURUUUAUGUGUCUGGAGGUGGAAUAUCGUGGUCAAAUGGAGACACCAAAGCCUACUGGGGAACUACCUAUAGACGCGACAACAAGGAUCUUAAUCUACACAUCACUGAUGCCGACAACAAUAGAAUCAGUCCACCACCUGAYUUCCCACUAACUUACGCUAAGUCCGGUUACAUGAUAUACCAGUUGCCAGGUGUGACCAACAUGGACCCAGAACUUACAUUCCCUGAGUUGUCACCUCCCCUAGCAGUGACAGCAGGCAAGGAGUUCAGGAUAUGGGUGGAUCAAGAUCUGAACAACGUAUAUGAAGGAAACAACGAGGGACAAACUUGUGCUGAUGUUUGGAUAACGAAAUACUAAUUAUUCGUCAGUUAGUUUUGUCUGAUUCCUUUUUUUUUCAACUCAAGAGAUGAUAAACAAAACUCUUUAUUGGAUUCCCAAAAUGGCUGUUGUUUUAGAAAAAUUUCAAUAACAAUAUACCACGAUAUAUAUCUUGAUAUCCCACGAUUUUGCUGACACUCUAACCUGGAUCAUAAUAUUGACGUUACGUUGAUUUUGUUAGAUUUCUUGGCAAACGAAACUUCAAUCUUUGCGGACUAACCUCAGUUGGGUCUGACAACCUUUUGAAAUAGUAACCUAUUCCACAUACUCCCAUUCAUGCUCAGUUGAUAUAUAAGAGAUGGGAUGAAAUAUUAACCAGCGGUCUAAGCCAAGCUGGAACASCUUGGCUUAGGGGUGCUGUCAAAUACGACCCACGUGGACCCAUGGGUAGGUGGGUGGGUGGACCGUCAGUCCAGCUCGUUCCGCUGGCAAAACUAAGCAAGAAUGAGUGCAUUUACUCGAGGCGCUUUUAUAGCCAAUCCGUGGCGUUAUUCACGUGCACAUAAAUAUGCAGUAGUGCUAAUGAUCGAUUAUUUUGAGUUAUUUCAUUUUCGCAUAUCAUUAGGAGUAUUUAGAAUAGGUGUAUAACUACAUGACAUACAUGACAUUAUUCGAUCGCUGUAACUUCAAUGAAUGACUUSAUUAAUUUUAUACAGAAUAUCAAUGAAAUGUUCAUAUAAACACUGUUUAUAUUCUAUCAACACACGUUCUUCCUUUCUUUGUUGGGAUGUUGGAUUUUGAAUUUAUUUUUCGGGGUUGCACCCUCCACCCUCCCAAAAAUUCAAACUCUGCUAUAUGACCCCUGAUAAUUUACCACAAGAUCUGAAAGUUAAUUACAUUGAUUUGCUGUUGUUGUUGUUG